GUGCUGGGACUGAUAUAUAGAUAUAAAGGUAUCGAAUUAAAUGACAAGUCGCAAGACGGUGAUGAAUGCAUUUUAUUUCUGAUACAUAAAUAAGCAAAUAAUUUGCUGUCAGGUAAGUUUUCUAGAUUUGUUCGAGAUUACUCCCUUUCUCUAAUUAAACUGAAAAAAUUACAGAUAGCACAUGCAAUGUACAGAAAUAAUAAAACAACAUUAUAUAAUGUACAAUAAUAUAUAAUGUUAUUGUAUGAAAACAUUAUUUAAUUAUAUACAGUAAAAAUUGUACUGAUGCUACUAUAUAUAUAUAUAUAUAUAUAUAUAUAUAUAUAUAUAUAUAUAUAUAUAUAUAUAUAUAUAUAUAUAUAUAUAUAUAUAUAUAUAUAUAUUUAAUUAUUUAAAUAAAGUACAAAACAAACGUUGUUACUCAGAGUUUCAUGCCUGAGUUUACAGACAAUCUUCGGACAACUCGAAGUUGUCCGAAGAUUGUCUGUAAACUCAGGCAUGAAACUCUGAGUAACAACGUUUGUUUUGUACUUUAUUUAAAUAAUUAAAUAUAUUUAGCUCUACAAUAAAGUAUUGAGCACUCUAUAUUAUAUCAAGAAGACUUGAUAUAUAUAUAUAUAUAUAUAUAUAUAUAUAUAUAUAUAUAUAUAUAUAUAUAUAUAUAUAUAUAUAUAUAUAUAUAUAUAUAUAUAUAUAUAUAUAUAUAUAUAUAUAUAUAUAUAUAUAUAUAGUUUUUCGUUUUACCUCAAAAAACCACAACAGUCUGUUUCAUCCGUAUAGGAAUCAUAUACGGAUGAAACAGACUGUUGUGGUUUUUUGAGGAAACACGAAAAACUAUAUUACGCUCUAUCUAUAUGGUAUUGAGCACUGUUUGUGUUUCGUAAACCAAAAUCUUAAGCUAUAUAUAUAUAUAUAUAUAUAUAUAUAUAUAUAUAUAUAUAUAUAUAUAUAUAUAUAUAUAUAUAUAUAUAUAUAUAUACAUACAUACAUACAUACAAAGAUAAGAAAAAAUUAAAACAAACUCAAAAACAAUUUUAAAAUAACGGUUUAUAACUGGCUGGGGCGUGUAUAUGUAUUCUUAAUUGUCGUAUUAUAUAAUUAAAUUGUUUCGCUUUUCACUUAUCUCGCAAAACAUUAAUUAAACAUGCCCGUGCAUACAGCUUCACAUGCAUGAAAAAAUGACAACAUAAAAAUCACAAUUUUAAAUUUCUUAUCAUGCACGUACUUUCAUUAUUGACGUUCGCUUUAUAAAUAUUAUAAUUAAAGAAUACCCUUAUUUAUCUAUGUUUAUGGCAAACUAUAUGUUCAGCGACAGCGGGACUAGCCGAAAAUGGAAAAAUUGUAUCUAUCUUCAUUCAUUAUUCUCAUGAUAACGAGAUGGUUAAAAGCAGAUUUAUGCGGUAAUCCGAAACGAUUCGAGAAAAUUGAAAACGGUAUUUUCCUAAUAUGUUUAUUAACCAUAUUAUACAGGGUGUAUAAAAAAAGGGACCUUUUAAAAAAAUCAAGCUUUUGUUGUUAAACACAGGAUUUUAUACUGCUGGGGAGCUAAAAUUCAUAUGUUGGACGAAACCAAAUUAGUUUUAAAUAUUAACUUCGUCAUGUAUAAAAUUCACUUCUAUUCUGUUUUAUAUACGUACCCGUGCAUGGUUCAGUACAGGCCAGCAUAGUGCUAUGCAUUCAAAUUCCAACAAUAGUAUGAUCUCUAAAGGUCUCGAUUUUGUUAUACAUCCUGCAUCUAUACAAAUAUCCCAAGCAACAUUUUACUGAAAAUAUAUACAGUACUUUAUCUAAUUUAGUAAAACAUAUAUUCCCACGUGCACGUAUUUGUGCAUGAGAAAUCCGUUAAGCCGUAUAAGCUGCUCGUUAGUCGAUAAAGACCAUUUAUACUCAUUUCUCAGAUGUUCUCACAGCUCAGAUGUUGAAUGCAUCCAUUCACGAGGAAUGGAAAUAAGAACAGAAAUUUAAAAAUAAAUAAAUUGAUCAAAGAGUGCUAAGGAUUGGUGAGAUUAAAUUAUGUUACCUGACGUUUCAAAACAUCAACUAAAUCUUUUAAAUUACUCUUCUUCUCUUUGCCAUACUUCAGCAGACUCUUGCACAAAUUCCCCUGUUUAUCAUAUUCAUUUUGAUAUCAUGCGCGAUUGCCUAAAAAUAGUGCGAUUACAGCCCUAAUCAUAUAGAGGGAAAAAUUACUCGAAUAUGAUUGGCUAAUCAUGAGGACAUUUUUUCUUAAUUCAGCGCAAAAUUACUUGUACUUGAUUGGCUGAGACGCAAGCGCGGGAAGUUUCUGUUUCUUGUUUUAAAUAGUAAUACAAACAAUGGCUUCUCACUUUCUCGUUGCGGAUAAUGAUGUUAUUGAAGAAUUAAAAACUUCUAGUGAAAACUCGAACACUAGAAAAUUGGAUUGGAGUUAUUAAGAAAUGGGCAGCAUUAAGGAACAUCGGCGAAGACAUGGAGACAUACGAGGUUCAAGAACUUGAAAGUUCACAAUUUACUUACGAAUAAAUUUUGCCCUCUGUGAUUAACAAGUAAUCGCAUAGGUCCAAAUAAAAUUAAGGUUUAAGUGUUUUGAAAGUUUCACAAAUUUCCCUCGUCGCUUGGCGACUUUGAAUAUACGCGUGAAAUUAAACCUUAAUUUUACUCGGCCCCAUGCGAUUACCUAUACAAAUCGCACUAUUUUAGAGCUGUAUAUAAUCGCAGUAUUUUGAGCUUUGCUCGCGUCAGCAUGAGUUGUAAUCGCAUCAUUUUUAAACCAAUCGUGUUGAAGUGGUGACCUUAGCUAGCCAAUGAAAGGAAAGUGUGGAAAUCACUUAGCCAGUCAAUUUUAAGAAAAAAUUUAUCUGGCAAAUUGAGCAAAAUAAACAAAUCAGAGUAUUACUAUAUCGUGGCUAAUUGUUUUGCAUAUAAAAACAAAAUAAAGUAUAGCUUAAACUGUUAAACAAUUCACAAAUAAGUAUGAGCAUAUUAGGAACAAAAUCUUUGUGAAACAUGGCGAAAAUAUACCAACAAAAAGCAACAUAAUAACGCGACAGGCAAAACAACUAAACAAGCUAGGUAUAAUUUGUACAUCGUAUAAUUUGUUGAUGUUUGAAUGAACAAAACCGCACCAAAAGGCAAAACCCUAUCAAAUUGCUAAUAAAACCUAUCGGUAUGUUUAAACUUACAUUGGUUGUCUUUUAGUCUUCACAGUAUCCAUAAAUUUCUUCAUUUUUUUGGUAUAACUUUUCGAGAUAUAAAAAAGUUUCUUCCCUUGUUGCUACGCUACGGCACUAAAGCCGGUUCAGUCCACUUGCGAAUUUUUUCGCGCGAAGCGAAUUUUUCUUUUGUCUUUAUCCAAUUAGUUCCAGAUGGUUCCAGUUGAGAGACCAAAGACAAAUAAAAAAUUCGCUUCGCGCGAAAAAAUUCGCAAGUGGAAACCGGCUUUAGGGGAAUAUCGGGUGGUGUCUUUCGUAAACAAAGAGCUCAUGUUUCCGUUCUACAAAAUUGUUUAAAAUUAAGACUUCAAAAUGAAUAUAAUAAAGUGGCAAUUGCAUUUCGUGUCGUGAAAUUUUGGUCUGAAAUCUAACUUGUGAUUAUAAAUCGCACUCCUCGGUCGUGCGAUUUUGUAAUCACGCGUUUGAUUUCAGACCAAAUUGCACUCCACUCAGUGCAAUUACCAUUAUUGAUUAUAAGUUGAAAUAAGGCUACGAGUCCCCUGUUAAUUAUGAAUUAACUAAGUUUUUCCACACCAAUAUCCGUUUCUUUAUUAUUAAUAUUUUUUCUUACUCAAGGGAGCUUUGCUUUGUCAAACGCCAGUGGGUUAUCUAGUCAUCGCGUUGCCCGUGAAGGACAAUGUUUCCUCUACUGUGUGAAAAAGCCGUCAUGUACGGCAUUUAAAUUUAGACCGAACAGCAUAGAAGAGGUGAAUUGCAUACUCAGCAACCUAACUAAAAAUGUAGGCAAGGGUGGGGAAAAAGGAUGGAUAUAUUAUCAAGAUACUCGGGUAAGACGUUGUAUAAGAAUUUGUAAAUUUUAAUUUAAAGCAAGAAAUACGCGAGCUAGUAUCAAGAGCUUAUGCAACAAGAGCUUAGGCAACAACUAAAAAUCCUUUCCAUACUUGUGUAGAUAGAAACUUCGAACUUCUGCUUAGAUUUUUUCAGCUAAUCCUUUACCAGGUGAUCUCGUGUUCGUAUUUUAGCCAAUCAGCGAUCCGAAAGGGUUGUCCGAAUAGAAAUCCAUUUUGAUGUAUUCAGUCAAUUAUAUCUUUCGUUAUUCUUUAUGAAAGCAGUUGAAAUUUUGUAAUUAUGUUUGCUUAUGAGAACUAUAGCUCUGACAAAAAUAUGGAAUCGAAAUAAAGUAUAUUACGGGAGAUACUCAGUUGUUUUAAUCAUAAAAUGGAUUUCUAUUUGACAACUAGUGCCAGUACUUUUCCGCGUAUCAAGAUCAUCUGGUAUACAGGGUCAGAAAAGAGUAGAUAAUUUUGAAACGGCUCUCAAUUUCACAAAUCCUUUGGUGUCAUGAAAUUUUUGACAAAUAUAUAUUGUCUAGUUGGGUAUACUUAUAAUGUGGAACAAACAAAAAAAUUUCGUAAAGAUAAAUUUUCCAGAGCAAGGGGGCUGUCUCUUUAAAAUGUUAACACAGAGUUCAUGGGCGAGAAAUUUGUUAUGUGUUUAUUAAUGGUUAUUAAAUAUCAGAAAAUUUGCUCAAUUUUUAGUCCUUCAAGUAGCUGCUGAAACUUUCAUUUUUUUGCACCAAUACAUUUACCUGAUUUGCAUAUUGUUAUUGUAAGUAAAAUAACAAUAUGCAAGGCAUGAAAGGCCAGCUCGAUCUCUUCCGAAAAUGAAAGGCCAGCUCGAUCUCUUCCGAAAAUUAAGGCUAUAUGACUUAAUUGUAUAAAGCGUUUCAAAUUAAGACAUUGCUUUAAUUUUAAACAUAACCCCCACCCCAAUCCCUACCCUAACCUCUAACCCCUAACCCCUAACCCCCUAACCCCCUAACCCUAAUCCUAAUCUAAUCUAAUCUUAGCCUAACCCUAAUCCAAUCCAAAUCUGACGGCCUUAUUAUUUUUUUUAAAAAAAAGUCCCACUUCUGCGCGACCAUCUGCGCGACCAGCCUCCCUUAGUAUGACCAUUACUUUUAUAGUAGGAAACCUUGCCUAAUGAUUGUGGUAUUAUUAAAUUAAGGCUUACUAAGCCAUAUCCUUAAUUUUCAAAAGUUUAACAAUUAAGACAUAGCCUUAAUUUUGAGAAGUGAUCAUGUUGGAAAGGCAUUGGUGCUGAAAAAUGAAAGUUUCAGCAGCUGCUUGAAGGACUUAAAAUUGAUCAAAUUUUCUGAUAUUUGGACCAUUAAUGAAACAUAUGCUGCUAAAAAAGACACACACACAGCCUGCUCUGGAAAUUUAUCUUUACGAAAAUUUUUUGUAUAUUCUAUAUUAUAAGUACACAAAUAAUGUAUAUUUAUCAAAACUUUCAUGACAUGAACGAAUUUGUGAAAUUGAGAGCCGUUUCAAAAUUGUCUACUUUUUUCUGAUACACCAUGUAUAUAAGAUGCAUAUUUUUGUACUGAAUUGAAUAACUAACAUAAUUUUGCCAACUCAUUAAUACUUGACUGAUAAAAUUGCCAAAUAUUGCAUUAUAGAGUCACUUAAUUAAAGAGGGAACUUGUCCAAAUCAUGGAAAUCAGGUUUAACGCAUGUAUUUUCAUACCUUCGCAGCGAUUUUAUAGGAAAUGGCCACCUAUCUACUCUUAAUCUGGUGAUCUGUGCAUGUUCCCUGAAUUUCCUAUUAUGGGACAAAAAGGUUGAAAAUCAGCAAAUUUAGGGGAUUUCCCCCUCCCUUCCAGGGUUUUAGCCUUUAUGUUUUUACCACUUUUUAAAUCACAUGAAAACUUGAUGUAAUGGAUCGCAUAUCAUGAGUUUUAGAUAAGGUCAGUAUCGGCAUUUUCUUUAAAAUGUCCUAAAUGUUCUGAAAUAUUUUAAUUAAAUCUAAUUUCCAUAAUCCGGUGCCUUAAGUGAUGCUAAUCAGUUUAGAAGGCAAACGUCUGGUAUUUCGUUGAAUUACGUAUCAAUUAUGGAUUAUGCAGAAUAUGCUAGUUAUUAAAUUCAAUGUAAAAAUCUGGAACUUCUACAUUAAAAUUAAUUACGUAACAAAGCUACAAAAUAUAGUGAAUGGGGAGAAUUUUUGGGACACCAUGUAUAACCGCGUCUCUUAUUGUUCCUAUAUGUUACAUAUGUAUAAAAGGGAGGAGAUAUUAAACAUUUUGAAAUAUGCUAUACUAACUUGAUUGUGAUAAAAUGUGCCUCAAGCUCAUUUAAAUGAAAGUCAAAAAUAUUAUUAAUUAAUUACAUUUUAUUUUUUUUUUUUUUUUUAUUAUGCAGUGCAAGAACCAAGCCAAGCACAAAGAGAAUGAAAUGUGCACCCAUGAUGCACUACAAGGUACUUCAAAUAUCUAUACUCUACCCGGGUAAUUCCAAACUACUGAAUAUAUCAGAAAAAUCACGAGUUAAAUUUCAGUUAAGCGUUCGGCGAGCGGAAUGAGGGUUCCAAUUCCACAUAACUUUCACAUGUGAAAUAAUAUGUGAUAUUUCCAUAAGGACAUGGUAGCCAUUAUACUACAAAUAUAUGUCGUCUAUACUAUAUCUUGGAGCUCACGAGAAAAAAUAGCACACAGAAGUAAAAAAAUGUGCAUAGUGAACUCUCAUGUACCAAUACACCCCUCCGGAAAGUAGGUCACUUUGGCUUUAGUGCCUCAUUUUAGUGCAGGUGACAUUAGCUAUAAAUCCAAACGUUUCAACCAUAAAAACGAGGCUCAAUAGCCAAAAGUGACGUACUUUCUGGUAGAGUGUAUAAGGAGACCGGAUUUCUACAGUGUAUUAAAUUCUUGAGUGCAUUAAAUAAGGAAACCUGAAUUCUACAGUGGUAUAGUAUUACCUCUCGAGUCAUAAAGUGCCGCUAACCCUAUAAGUAACUCAUAGUAAUAUUUGGACUAUUUGGAAAGAAAUGUAAUAUAUCUUGAGAGUUAAUCUUGAUCAACGUUUUCACUGAGCAUGACAAAGAUGCAGGAUAUGAUGUCAUUUGAUGUCAAGGAAUUAGUUUUCCUUGAGGGUUUUUCCAGUGUCAAAGUUGAUGAUUUUAUAGUCCCCGAGUCAAUGCACGGCUAUUUACCCCCGGGGAAAGGAAAGCAUUAGCGAAGUCUAAAGUUCAUCAAUAAUCGUGGGCGCAUGGCUACGGUUUACCGUGCGUGGGUGGUCAUCUUCACUGAUCUCAAAAUAUAGCAGACUGUCAUGAACAGGGUACACUGAAUGGUCAAAUUUAAAAUUUGCAUUAUAACGACUGCAUGAGGACAACGAAAUAACAAAUAUUUCCUUCAAAUAUUUUUCUCAUUUUUGCAAGAUUUUGUAAAUUUCAAAACCUUUUUGAGAAAAAAAGCCGAAAAGCUUGCUAAAAGAAGCGAACAAAGCGGCCCACGUUAGUGAAGGUAAGUUUGUUUUAAAUGUUUAUGUAUUGUUUGCUUUACAAUUGCUUUAAAAACUAGUACUGAUCGUUGCGUAUAAUGAAAAAAGACAACAUAUCAUGUCAGUGUAUACUUAUUGACUUUAUUGAUUAUCCUUUUUGGUUAUUUUAAUUUUUAAAUAAAAGGAAAGCAAAGUUAUUUGCAUGCGAGAAUUUGAAAUCAUAUUAUUUCAAACUCAAAGUUUAUCGGUAAAAGGCAGUUUAGUUUUAAGAACAUUUUAAAACGUUUGGGAAGCGUUUUUGGUUGAAUUUUACAUUAAAUCGAAGCUUAUAUUAAGUAUAAUAACGUAUAAGUGAUAUUUUUAGGGGACUUUUCAAUUUUAAAAGUAUUCUUAAGAAAAUUAUAGUGUUGCCAUGACAACUACUUUAAAUACUUCAUGUUCGGAAAUAUACUGAUUUUAUCAGCAAGGCGAGGGUUUCUGCAUGCAUGUAUUAUCUAAUAUAAAUAUAUACUACAUUUUUUCUUUGAAUGACCCAAAUAUCACCCAUACAAAAAAACAUCAGAUCGUGUAAUAAGCAGAUAAGAGGAACAACUGAAUCGAAAAUUGAUGUGUUGGAUAUCAUCCUAAGGAGAAGAUAAUAUGAUUUGCCUCUGGGCAAAACAUGACGUUAUAUUAAUACUAACAACACAUGCAAGCAAAUCAGUAGUCUAAAAAUUACUUGUACAGAAACAACAGAUAUAUAAUUAACAUAUAGGUCACAGGAAACGAAAUGUAACCUGUGGUGUCUUGAAAGAAAAAUACCCUGGUCUCAGAAAUGGAGUUUUCAAAAUAGUUCCCCAGGGUGUUGGCACGUUACCAUUUUCAGUAUACUGUAAUAUGACCUCAAAACAUGAAGUUGGAGUGACUGUGAUUGGACACAAUAGCGAAUCAAGGACCAAAGUGAAUGGAUAUGAAGAAAAUGGCUCAUACCGAAAGGACAUUAUAUAUGAUAUCACAAUGGAGCAGAUUGGUGCAGUUAUAAAUCAGUCUCGUUACUGUGAACAGUUUAUCAAAUAUGAAUGUUACGGCAGUCGACUGUUAUUACCGUCUAUUGCUUGGUUGGUUUCUCGUCAAGGUAAUUAUGGUAACUAGGUUACACGUAAUCGUCGUACAUACGUGAACAGAAGGGUAAUUUCGUACAUAGGUAAACAUAAGUGCGUAAACACCCAGGUAAUUUCUGAACGACUUGCUUUUGUUCACAUUUAUAAGAACUCAAACCAAUACGUUGCUUUUUUUUUGAGCUUUUAUAAAAAAAUUAAAAAGCAUGUUAAUUUGUUAAGAUACUUUCAACUACAUGAAAAGGAAAGUAAUACAUGUUUAAAUUCAUAAACAGUCAAAACAAACUUGCCAUGUACUAAACCAUUUCUUAUCAUUUCUUUAAAGGAAAAUUAAAAAAUCCUUCACAACUGUUGAGCGAAAAGAUUUUGAAAUUAAGGCUUCCUUACAUGUGUUUUAAGAUCCUUGCUUCUUCCACUCCUGGCAAACAGCCAUAUUUUUUAGAUCAGUGAGAAGAUCACCCAUAUACCUUCAAACACAUGCAGCCAUACGCCCAUGAUAAUUGACGGAUAUUUCAAUCAUUUAGCUUAUUUUUUCCUGGGCGCAAACGGCCAAGCCGGUUUGCCCUGCACUUGUGGAGGUUUUAGCUCCCUACACUCCCUCCCCGCUUCCGCCGCCAAUGGUAACAUUUAAGCCUUAAGCUAAAAAUUGUCAGCCAUUCACUCUACUGGUCAUUAAUUUCAAGGUAAACGGAUGAAUUACUGGGGUGGGGCAACAGUCGACAGUGGAAAGUGUGCAUGUGGGAUGAACAACAGCUGCGUUGGAGGUGAACGUUGCAACUGUGAUUUCAACGACCAAAAUCUUCGUGAAGACAGUGGGUUCCUGACGGACAAGAACACGUUGCCUGUACAGCAACUGAGAUUUGGUGAUACAGGAAGCUCAAAUGAAUAUGGAUUCCAUACCCUUGGAAAAUUACUGUGUUGGGGAUAA